UCGACGCCAUCCUGCGGGACAGCGACCCCCCCGCGCCCGCCGACGGCCCCGCCGCGCCCCCCGCCCACGACAAGUGCCUCAGCGUCGCCUGCCUCGACAAGAAUGAACUCAACGACCACCUGGACACCAUCGACUCCAACCUGGACAACCUGCAGACCAUGCUGACCACGCACGGCUUCAGCAUGGACAGCGCCCUGCUGGACGUGAGUAUUCCCGGGAUCCCGGCAUUCCCGGCAUUCCCAACGUUCCCAGUGUCCCAGGGGGCAUGGACAGUGCCCUGCUGCAUGGGAGUAUUCCCGGGAUCCUGGCAUUCCCGGCAUUCCCAGUGUCCCAGGGGGCACAGACAACGCCCUGCUGGGCAGGAGUAUUCCCGGGAUCCCGGCAUUCCCGGCAUUCCCAGUGUCCCAGGGGGCACCAACAGUGCCCUGCUGGGAAGGAGUAUUCCCGGGAUCCCAGCAUUCCCAGUGUUCCAUGGGACAUGGACAGCACCCUGCUGGGCAGGAGUAUUCCCGGGAUCCCGGCAUUCCCAGCAUUCCCAAUGUCCCUGCACGGGAGUAUUCCCGGGAUCCCAGCAUUCCCGGCAUUCCCAAUGUCCCUGCACAGGAGUAUUCCCGGGAUCCCGGCAUUCCCAGUGUCCCAAUGUCCCUGCACGGGAGUAUUCCCGGGAUCCCGGCAUUCCCAGUGUCCCAAUGUCCCUGCACGGGAGUAUUCCCGGGAUCCCAGCAUUCCCAGCAUUCCCAGUGUCCCAAUGUCCCUGCACGGGAGUAUUCCCGGGAUCCCAGCAUUCCCAGUGUCCCAAUGUCCCUGCACGGGAGUAUUCCCGGGAUCCCAGCAUUCCCAGUGUCCCAAUGUCCCUGCACAGGAGUAUUCCCGGGAUCCCAGCAUUCCCAGUGUCCCAAUGUCCCUGCACGGGAGUAUUCCCGGGAUCCCAGCAUUCCCAGUGUCCCAAUGUCCCUGCACAGGAGUAUUCCCGGGAUCUCGGCAUUCCCAAUGUCCCUGCACAGGAGUAUUCCCGGGAUCCCGGCAUUCCCGGCAUUCCCAAUGUCCCUGCACAGGAGUAUUCCCGGGAUCCCGGCAUUCCCAGCAUUCCCAAUGUCCCAAUGUCCCUGCACGGGAGUAUUCCCGGGAUCCCAGCAUUCCCAGUGUCCCAAUGUCCCUGCACAGGAGUAUUCCCGGGAUCCCAGCAUUCCCAGUGUCCCAAUGUCCCUGCACAGGAGUAUUCCCGGGAUCCCGGCAUUCCCAGUGUCCCAAUGUCCCUGCACAGGAGUAUUCCCGGGAUCCCAGCAUUCCCAGUGUCCCAAUGUCCCUGCACGGGAGUAUUCCCGGGAUCCCGGCAUUCCCAGUGUCCCAAUGUCCCUGCACGGGAGUAUUCCCGGGAUCCCGGCAUUCCCAGCAUUCCCGGCAUUCCCAAUGUCCCUGCACGGGAGUAUUCCCGGGAUCCCGGCAUUCCCAGGGAAGCGCCCACAGCCCCGACCCCACAAACUCCGGGGAGC